AUGAAAUUUAUUGACACCAUCUUCUCAAUGUACACAACAGCCUACUUCCAGAUGUUCGGCGACUUCAGUCUGGACACCCUACAAGGCGAAGAUCGAAACUGCCAGAAUGGAAUGUGUCCAACAAAGACGUCCAGGUGGUUGGUUCCAAUCAUGCUUGGAUUCUAUGUCCUUCUUACCAACAUCCUCAUGUUUAACCUCCUCAUCGCGAUAAAGACGUAUGAAGAGAUUGAAAGCGCGUCUACCUACUACUGGAAUUAUCAACGCUACCAAAUGAUCGCCGACUAUGUGCGACGUUCACCGCUAGUGCCUCCGCUGAUUAUAUUUUGGCAUUUCUACGAAGCCUACCAAGCCAUAGGCAACCGAUGUGCAAGCAUUCGAAGCACCGAACAAAUCGAGAACAAUCCCUUCUGCGUGACCUUCAAGGAUGUGAAAAAAGAACGCGAGAUGGUCAAGUGGGAGCAUAUGAAGGCCAUGGACUACCUGCGCGAACCCUCGACAAAGUCAGGCGGCAAACGCGGGGGAGUCGAGUCGAGAGCUGUGGUGUUCCGGGGUGUCGGUGCCGGCAGCGGUAUCGGACCAGGACCCGCUAUGGAUCUGAAGAGUGAGAUGACGGCCGUCACUGAGGGCAUUGGAAUGGAGUUGGAGAAGCGGUUCAAGGAUCUGGACGCUCACUUCCAGCGCUUCAAUGAGGUGGACUCUCGGCUCAACGAGGUGACACAGACACUGUCAACACUUGGCGAUGUAGUCAAGCAGGUCACGGCAACUCAGGAGGCGAUAAUGAAGAAGAUCGCUGACCUACCGACAUGUCAGUGUCUGGAACUAGUGGACGACGCCAGUUCCUCCCCUGGAAAGGCGGGCGAGGCUUCGAAGAAGCGAACAAAGCUUGAAGUCGCCGUGCAAUCGGCUUUAGAGGCAGCCAAGGACGUGCUACGACCACCAACACCUCCACCACCACCCCCUAUGGCUCCUCCGCCACCCAGAGAACAAGACAUCCCCAUCACCGCGGGUGCGCCUGGUUCAGAGGGCGAAUCGAGUGGAACCGAGGAGGUUGGCGGUGACCCGUCAGCUGACCCCGUCCAGGUGCCUCCUGCGGCCGACGUGAACACCGGACGCACGAUCCAACGCAGCAUCGCCGGCCACCGACUCUGGAGGUUCGCGCCCUUCAACUUUGAGAAAUAUCCCGGCAUGCGGAUGAAUGUGCCGCCGGACAAAACCGCCUGGACUACUCGAUAUCCCGAUUACUUCGCCUACGACUCAUCAGAAGAGACUGUGAUGUACCCCGAUGAAGCCGCCCACGAUGGAGAAAAUUUCCAACAUGGUGUGAGCUUUGGCAGCUCGGCCAUCUUGCGUGGCAUCCCCUUCAAUACCUACGACUCCAAGAACCAUAUCCGACGCCAGAGUCUGCUUGGAAGGUACCGUCUGGACCCCAACACCGGGGCACCGUUGAACCCGAUGGGCAGAACCGGUUUGCUGGGAAAGGGUCUUCUACCUCGCUGGGGCCCAAACCAUUCUAUAGUCAUUGUGGUCACGCGGUGGAGCCGAAACCCCAAGUCAGGCACCCCAGUUCUGCGUGGAAACAAGGGCGUUUUACAGGUUGUCGCUUUGGAACGCAACAAACGGUUUUGUUUGCCCUGGUUCUUCACUGAUCAUGAAAUGCGAUGUGAUUUUGACGAAUGUGUACCCGCGCUGGUGCACGCUUUCUUCGUUCAACGCGCCAAAGCCGUUUGCUCCGAGAAACGAGGUGAUCGCCUCCUGCGAAGACUCGACAAGGCAGAUACUACUCAGAUAUUCAAGGGCUACCUUGACGACCAGUUGAAUGCUGACGGUGGUUGGCUGGAAACGGUGGUGCUCAACUACCACGAGGGCGAAGGCAAAGGCUCGCAGCUCACUGACGACAUCCUAAAGGUAGGAGGUGUCGACCAGCUUCCUACAUCUACACCAUUGUAG